CUUGUCCUGUGACUCAGAGGUCCAGCUGCCUACUGCAUCUACAUAGCUAAGGCCAUCUGUGUCCUGUUCAAACUCGAGGUCAACAGGCAGACUUCAGGUGUGUGUGGAUGUGGUUUCAGUCGUCUGUGCCUGUAGAAGCUGAGAACAUCCUAAAAGUUUUUGGAGAAGAGGAAGGAGAGGGGGAAGACAAAGAAGAAAAAAUUUAAAACCUGAGCAUCUGGUGAGCUGCAAGGACAACCUCUCAAAGGUCCUGUGACAGGUGCCGAGGAUCCAGACACUCUCAUGGCCUCUGGAGGUAGCUGUAGCCAUCUACCUGCCUGUUUUCUGCCCUCAGCCUAGACCUUGUGGCCUCCACACCACAGGAGGAUGAGGCCACCAGGACCAAAGCCCAUGCCCUGACCCUGGGUCUGUAGGGAUCCGCCUCCAAGCAUAUCUGGGGCAUUUGAGGGGUCGCCUUUCCUUUACCUUGUCCUCUCUGGUGUGACCAGGAGAGCCUGAGGAUGUGGAAGUCAGUAGAGUCAUGUGGCUCAGUCACAACUCCCAAAGUCAGACUCUUUUGUGUAAUUCGUUUGGGUCCACAGAGCGUAAAGUUUCUAUCGAGGAAGAAAUACUUCUUUAAUCUUGAUUUCGGGCUCUAUAACCUACAUGGAUGCAUGCAUUGUGAAUACAACUUGAAAAUCAGUAUCCACCCUUACUGUGUUCAACACGCCCUGAUAUCCAUUCAGUUUCCUUUUCCAAUGUUCCCCUUGAGCCAAUACGCUAGAGCCAGAACCAGAGAGGCUGAACGUCACACUUGGAGGUACCAGCACCACAGUGGCUGAUGUGCCAGCUGUUUGUGGGAUGAGUAAACCGGAACUGAGACCCUCCCCCCUUCGCCAGUGCUCAGUCUUCAUUUCCCAUUUGCUCUGAGCUCCCUGCUCAGCAAUGGUGCCUGAGUCAGCUCGGCUCCCAUCCCACGGUACAGCAGGAUGACGGCGGAACAGAAACCUGUGUCUUCUCUCAGCUCUGGAAGCCGGUGUCCACAAUGGAAGUGAGGGAGCAGAUGCUUCAUCAGUGAAGCCUCUGGGUGUCCCCAGGACAUGGCAGGCAGACGAGACCUGCAUCACCUGCUGGCUGAUGAUGGAGCAUGGGAAGCUUUUGUAUCUGAGACCAACUUGCCCAGGGAGAGGGCAGCCGCCCUGCACGAGGUGCUGAGGGAGCUCACAGCACUCCUGGCCAUCGCAGACAGAGACAGAGACAGAGCUCAGAAAGGCCUGAAGGGCAGGAAGAAGUUUCUGAAAGCAUUUCCUCGCUUGAAAGCGGAGGUGGAGGAGCAGCUCACACAGCUCUACACCCUGGCCGACCACGCUGAGGAGCUGCACAGGGGCUGCGCCAUCUCCAACGUGGUGGCUGACUCCUUCAGCACGGCCUCCGACAUCCUGGGCCUCCUGGGUCUGUUUCUGGCACCGGUGACAGCAGAAGGCAGUCUUAUGGUCUCAGCAACUGGGUUGGGGCUGGGGGUGGCAGCGACUGUCGCUGAUGUUGCUAAGUCAAUCAUGGAGGAUGCAAGCAGGCGUUCGGAUGAAGCUGAAGCCCAUCACCAUGCUUCAACCAGCAUGGAGGUCCUGGAGGCAGGAACCACCAUGGGUAGGAUUGCCAGCAGGGUCACUCGGGCUACCAGAGAUAUCACCAGAGACCUGGAAGCCCUUGAGCAGCACAUGGAUGCCCUCAGGCUGGUUAGAGCCAACCCUCGCUUAGAAGAAGAGGCCAGGAUCUUUACCACCACCGGAAACCUCCCUGCCCAACAGGCGAGAAAGGUGCAGACCACCAUGAAAGGAACCCCCCUGGCGAUGAGCAGGGAAGCCAGGAUCUGCAAUGCCACCUCCGCAGGUGUCUCCCUCCUGAGAGGAGUUGACAGCCUUGUGAACGGGGCGUCGCAUUUGUAUGAAGGGGCCCGGUCAGAGUCGGCUGAAGCACUGCGGAAGCUGGCUCGAGAGAUGGAGGAGAAGCUGGAGGAGCUCAUCACAUUCUCCAGGACGCUCUGACCAGGCUCCAGUCAGCCAGCCCCACGACGUGCUGAGGUCAGGGGAGAGGACAUGGAUAGAGGUGGGGACAGUGGAGGCAGUGUUAGAGAGAGAACGAGGGUGCACUCGGGCCCGUGGGUCAAAGCGUCCGGGUUUCUGUGUAUUGCUAUAUACAGAUGAGACCCACUGGAGCCUGAGAUGAGGUACCAGAGGACGUGCUGAUGAGGGACUGGGAAGAGGGGCCUCUGGACUAAACAUGGGGAAGCCAGGGAAAAGAAAGACUGGAAAGCCCUCCCCAUCAGAGCAGCUGGAAACAACAAAGCAGGAGACAGGAGACUCCAUUAAACGCAAACCCAGCGGAAGCUGUGUGUUCGCUAAAUAAGCCACUGGCCCUGCACUAGAGCCCGUGCUUUCCCCCAGCUCACCAGACCACCCCAUUCUCAGGCAUGUCUCCAUCCCCUAAAUAAACUGCUUCUGUUGUUACUGCCUCAA